AUGACUCAAGCAGACAUCCAAACUAUUCGCUUAACCAACGGAAAGACCGCUAAGGUCCAUACACAACUCUUUAUCAACAACGAAUUCGUUCCUGGUCACGGACCUUUGAUUGAAACCAUCAACCCUGCUAAUGAAGAAGUCAUUUGCAAAGUUCACUCUGCUGAUGAAAACGAUGUCAAUCUUGCUGUUGAAUCUGCAUACAACUGUUAUUACAAGACGUGGAGAAAGGUCGCCCCCGCUGAGCGUGGUCGUCUCCUCAACAAACUUGCUGACCUGAUGGAACGUGAUAAGGAUGAGAUUGCUAUUUUGGAUGCUGUUGAUAAUGGCAAAUCCUUUGUCAUUGCUCGUGAUGUCGAUGUUACUGAAUCUAUCGGUUGUUAUCGUUACUUUGCUGGUUGGGCUGACAAGAUCCAUGGUAAGACUAUCGAUACCACAUUCGAUAAGAUGUGUUAUACUCGCCAUGAAGCUCUUGGUGUUGUUGGUGCUGUCGUGCCAUGGAACUAUCCUACCAUGAUGAGUGCAUGGAAAUUUGCUCCUGCCUUGGCUACUGGUAAUUGCAUCGUCUUGAAGUCAUCUGAAGUUACUCCUUUAGCCACUCUCAAGUUUGGUGAGCUCGUCAAGGAAGCUGGCUUCCCUGCUGGUGUUGUCAAUGUCAUUACUGGCUACGGUCAUACUACUGGUAACUACCUGUCUGCUCAUCCCAAGGUCAGCAAGAUGGCCUUCACUGGUUCUACUUUGACGGGUCGUAAGAUUAUGGAAAGCAGUGCUGGCAGUAACCUCAAGAAGCUUCAACUUGAAUUGGGUGGUAAAUCCGCUCAAAUUGUUCUCGCUGAUGCUGACCUUGAAUCCGCUGCCUACUGGGCUUGUGGUGGUAUUUUCAACAACCAUGGUCAAAGUUGUAACGCUGGUUCUCGUAUCUUUGUUCAUGAGUCUGUCCACGACAAGUUUGUUCAACUCUUUGUUGAAGAAGCCAAGAAGCUCAAGAUUGGAGAUCCUUUUGAUGAUGAAACUUUCCAAGGCCCUCAAAUUAACAAGUCUCAAUUCGAUAAAAUUUUGGGUUACAUUGAGAUUGGUAAGAAGGAAGGUGCCAAGGUUGCCUAUGGUGGCAAGCGUUGGGGCAGCAAGGGUUACUACGUUGAACCUACUGUUCUCAUCAACUGUCAUAACAACAUGCGCGUUAUGCGUGAAGAAAUCUUUGGUCCUGUUGUUGCCAUUGGUACCUUCAAGACUAUUGAUGAAGCCAUUGAUCUCGCCAAUGACUCUGAAUAUGGUUUAGCUGGUGGUGUAUAUACCCAAAAUCUCGAUGAUGCUAUCAAGGUUACCAAUGAAGUCAGAGCUGGUACCAUGUGGGUUAACUGUUAUGAUGUCUUUGACCAAUCCACUCCUUUCGGUGGCUACAAACAAUCUGGUUUUGGUAAGGAGCUCGGAAAGUAUGCUCUUCAAGAGUACACUCAAGUCAAGGUUGUCAAGAUCCAACUUCAAGCCAAGAUCUAA